AAGCACAACGCUUCAAGCUUUUUUUUUUGUUUACUGUGACUGUCAGUGUAUAAUUUUUUGUGAAUUUUGCGCAAAUUUGCGAUAAUUUUGGUUGUAAAACGUGAUAUUUAGUAUGGUGAAAGACACAAAAAUCUCAAAAUAUGAGUAAAAAAUUUAUGACCGACAGUGAAGAAGAGGAUGCGGAUUUUUCCGCCAGUGAAGAUGAAUGGCUACCGGAAAAUGACAAACCCGGACGCGGUUCAAAGACGGCUUUGGGGAAAGGAUCAUCUUCCGGUGCGUCCGAAUCAGAUGAUGGUGAAAGCGACGAAGGUGGCGAACCGAAGGGUGGUGGAAGACGCUCCCAAGCGCAAAAGGGGCAGGCGACAGAUGCCAGGGUUGCUUUUGUGUGUCGUUUUAGGAAAUCACGCGCUCCACCAAAACCGAAACUAUCAACAUCGGAGCGUAAGAAAUUGUACGAAAAGUAUCGCCCCUCAGCUGGCAGCAAAGUUGGCACCAAGCAGGAGGGUGAUGAUUCCGACAGUAGCGGCGAUGAGCAUUUGGUCAAUCCGGAACAAUUGGACCUGAAUUCCGAUUUUUUCAUUGAACCUCCUGCUGAGAAACCUGCAGAAGAGGUGCUUCAGUUCGAUUGUAAUGCUGGAGUGCAGCUUUCGGAUUCUUCUGAGGAAGAAGGAUCCGACCAAGGAGAACCUAGCGAGCAAGGCGAAGAUGCCAAAAGACAGGCCAACAAGAAGUUAAUCGCAAAAAUUAAUCAAAAAUCGCAAAGUUUUGUUAAUUUUGAAGGACUUCAGCACUUGAAUGAAAAAAUAGACCAAGCCAAGGAACAGCUGGCUUUGUUCAAAGCGAAGGAAUCUACAAGUGAUGGUCUCGUGAACAUUGGAGACCUCUUGGCUUUGGGGGAACACCACGAGGAGAAACCACCAACCAGAAAAACAGGAAAAUCAAAGCCGCUCAAGAAAAAGAAAGAAGAAGAUUCCGAUUCUGAUUGGGAAGAAGUAGAAGAGAAGGAGGAAAACCAGCCUCUGCAUGACGUACAAAUAACACUGGAUGUUGGACCGACAAGUGUUCAGAGGAAGAAACGGAGCAAUGAAAUCGAUAUUGAAGCAUGUAUCAAGCGGAUUGUGAAUCGCGAGAAGCGUGAGAAUCAAAUCGUCCUCCACAAAGUUAACAUUGUAAUGGCCAUUGCCCACGGAAACUUCGUGAACGGCGCUUUGAACAACUCUAAACUAUUAUCGCUGGCUUUGACGUUGAUUCCGUCGCAAAAAUGUUAUCCAAAGGAUAGAACAAACCUAGAAUACUUUGAACAGAUUACGAAAUUUUUCAAAGAAAUCGUAGAUCUCAAAGAAAGACGAAUGUUCUGUCGCUUCAAAAAGCUACCGUCAUUGGAGACAUCACUUCGCCUGCAGAUGUUGACUAAGGCCGCCAUCUGUAAGCGUGAUUACAUUUUGAUAUUUAUAAUUCUACUUCGCGCAAUUGGCGUCCAGUGUCGCAUGGUCAUGUCCUUGGCUGUAGUCCCGAAGAAGCUACCACAGAGUGAACUACAGCAAACGCAAGUUACAGUGGUAAAGAAAGCAAAAAAGGAUAUCGACUCGGAAGCAAAAUCAACCGCCACCAGUAUUAGUAAGGGGUCAAAGAAAAAAUCAACCAAGGAAGACCACGAUUAUGCCGAUGACGGUAAUAGUGGAGCGAAGAAGGAGCGUUCUAAGCGGAAGGCAGCAACUGGGAGCGCCCUUAAAGUUCCUCAACUUGACGGAAAUGACGAUUCUUGUGGCGGCGUACCGAGUAAGAAAUCCAAGCUGGCACCCUCGACAGGUCAAGCCGACAGUUCGAAGGACAAGCCAUCUCCGGGACCAAGUACUUCGAAGGCUGCCAUUCCCAAGCUGCAGGAAGUUUCUGUGUUCUCGCCGAGAAAAACACGGAAGCAACGUCAAGAACAAGCCAACGGUUCCCCGAGUUUCUCCGAAAUCUCAAAGCCUAAUAACCCAAAGCGAAAUAGCAAUCCACCUGUCGUCGCAGUACCCUCCACCACUUCAUCUAUUUUGAUCAGGAAGGACUAUAAAGACAAACCAGUGAAGAAUAUUAUCGAUAAGAAGAAGACAUCCACUAAAGGGGUUAAACCUUCUAAUACAACAGCAAUUAAUUCAAAAGUAAAUCAAAGCAAUACGCAAACGAAGAAUGCAACACCGAAAGCUACAAAACCGAAACCAGAACCGGUCAAAGCACCGACAGUGGAAAAAUCUAAAUCCAAAUGUAAAGAAAGUCCCAAAGUUCUUAAGGUGGAAAUCUUUGACAAGAAACUCAAAAAACGGCUGGACCGUCGAGUGCUUUCAACGGACGACGAAUUUCGCAAAGAUCCAGACAACAAAACCAAGCUCAAAUCCGGCGUCAAUCUGUGGAUCGAGGUGUACGCCGAGGAGGAGGAACAAUGGGUCCCACUCGAUGCCGUGGGUAGCAAGGUCCACUGCCUGGAACACAUUGUGAAGCAGGCUUCGUCUCCACUGGUCUACAUCCUCGCAUGGAACAACGACGGCACAAUCAAAGACGUUUCCCCGCGUUACUGUCCGAACUAUGCUACCAGCACCAAAAAGCUACGUAUCGAGCAGGAGUGGUUGGACGAAACGUUGGCCAAGUUCAAGGGGAAGCGAACGGCCAAGGAUAUCGAAGAGGACCGUUCUCUGAAUCAGGCACUGAUGGAGCAGCCUCUACCAACGACCAUCAGCGAGUUCAAGAAUAAUCCGCUCUACGCUUUGAAGCGACACCUGCUGAAGUUUGAAGGAAUCUACCCGCCGGAUGCUCCGACACUUGGAUUCAUCAAGGAUGAACCCGUUUACGCGAGGGAAUGCGUACAGACGCUACACUCGCGGGAAAUUUGGCUGAAGCAGGCGCGAACGGUGAAGAUGUUCGAAACGGCGUACAAGGUGGUCAAUGCCAGGCCCAAAUACGAUCGGGCCUCCAGUCAAAUGCUUCCGGCUCAGCCGCUGGAACUUUUCGGCUACUGGCAAACUCAGGACUACGAACCUCCUACGGCGGAAGACGGCAUCGUUCCGAGGAAUGCCUACGGCAACGUGGAACUUUUCAAACCGUGCAUGCUCCCGAAGAAAACCGUUCAUCUGCAAUUGCCCAGUUUGAACCGAAUUUGCAAGAAGCUGGGCAUCGAUUGCGCUCAAGCCGUGACCGGGUUCGAUUUCCACGGCGGAUGCAGCCAUCCAGUGUACGACGGGUUCGUAGUUUGCGAGGAGUUCAAGGACCUGGUGGUCGACGCCUGGUACCAGGAGCAGGAGCAAGAAGAGAAACGAGAACGCGACAAGUACGAGAAGCGGGUCUACGGCAACUGGAAGAAGCUUAUCAAGGGAUUGCUGAUUCGUCGGAAGCUGCAGAAUAAGUACAAUUUCGACAAUCUCACUGGGUAAUUGGAUCCCAUCGAAUGAUCUAAAUGGCAUGCUCGGCUGAUGAUUUUUAA